CUGGAGCAGACGAACCAGCUUCUCAAGGCACAGUUGCAGGAAUUGGAUCGGAUAACACAACAAUACAAGAUCAUCCAGCUUCAACUGGAAGAAAAGAACGAGGAGUGUGAAAACCUCACAUUGAGACUCAAGGCCAAAAGCGAGCUUUGCCAGGACUUGGAAAAUCAAUUGGCUCGAGUAAUCGACAAGAACACGGAACUCACGAUCCAAAACAGCGACUUGCAGCGACAAAUCCAGGAACUACAAAGGCUGAGCCAAGAAUGCGAUUCUCUUCGGAAAAGCUUGUCCAACACGGAAGCAGAAUACGACUCUGCGCAAGAGGAAGUGGAGAAGCUGCGGAGCAAAAUUUCCCACCUGGAAACCGUUUUGCAGAAAAUGCGAGAAGCUGCGGAAACCCGGCGGGACUUGGAGACUGAGCAUGCCGAAACCAUCCAACAGCUGAAGGAGAAACGGGAGGAGAUUUCCCGUCUGGCGCGUGCUUCUGACUUGGAGCGCGACCGCAACGCGGCCGCGGUUGACCGAUUGCAGGCAAAAGUCUUCGAGCUGGAGAAACGAACCCUGCUGCAAAAUGCCAAACAAGAAGAACUCGCCAAAGAACUCGAAGCUGCUCGUCGCCGUCGCGCCCCUGACAUCCACGACCAAAAUGGCAAUUUCCGCAAUUUGCAAGCCCCGUUAUUGCAACUGGACACGUCAGUGGGCGGAGACAGGUUUGGCCUUUUGGAAAAUGGCCGAUCCCAGAGGAUCGUGUCGAAGCCGAGUCCAGACUCUGGCAUAGGAUCCCCUGAGGCGCUGAAGGAGUCCUUUGCGGGGAUCACUUUGUCUGCCAAUGGAACUGCGGGCCUCAGUUUUGUGACCCCCACGGAUCACGGGGUUCUGAUGAGAAAGCAGAAUGGACACGUGGCUAAUGGUGCCCUGGGGGUAACCAAUAACAGACAAGGCCUGGACACUGCAGUUCCUUCCCAGCUGGUGAUGGCUGCCCUGGAGCAGCACCGGGGUCUUCUCCAGCACCAGGCCAUGUCUCAGCUCCACACCCACGUGGCCCGUCCUGCUACAGUCAUUAGUCCAGUGCUGGGUACUGACUUCAUGGACGUUCCUGGUCGAGGUCGAUGCAGUGUGUUCAUCGCAAGGUAUUCCUACGAUCCUUUUAUGCAGUCUCCCAACGACAACCCCGAGUCAGAAUUGCCGCUCACAGCUGGGGAUUAUGUUCUUGUCUGGGGCGACGUCGAUGAGAUUGUGACCGUCGAUGCUCUUUUUGUUCCUGCACCAAGAAUGUUGGUGGUUGAGCGACAGUUGAGCAACAGUGUUUUGAUCGCUUGGGCGGCUCCAGCAGCGACUGAUUCAAGGUCUGUCGAUUGUUACCGAGUGUUUGUGGACGGUGAUUUGCAGCUGACGAUUGGUGCUAAUGAAAGACUCAAAGCCCUUCUUGAAGGCAUUGAUCCAGCGAGAGCAUUCGGCACAAACGAAAUCCCGCCGAAGAAAGGAAAGAACUUGUUCAAACUGUGCUUGGAAGCGCUGAAUGAUUUCACGCUCCGGAUUUUAAUGGGCGCAGCCUUGGUGUCAAUCGCUCUGUCGAUUUAUACCACUAUGAAGGCCAACGGGCCCGACGGAGAGGAGUCGACGAAUCCCGAAAUGAUCGAAGGCAUCGCCAUCAUCGUCACCGUCCUCAUUGUCGUCAUGGUGUCUGCAUUCACCAAUUUUAAUCGCGACAGAAAGUUCCGCAAACUACAGGGACUCGUCAACAAGCAAAGCAAAUUCCUCACAUCAAGAGACGGGAAACUCGCGGAGAUUCCAAACACGGAAAUUGUCGUGGGCGACGUUUGCGUCAUCAAGUACGGCGACAUUUUGCCGGCUGAUGGAAUUGUCCUGGAAUCUAUCGACCUGAAACUGGACGAAUCCUCGCUGACCGGAGAGAGCGACCGCAUCAACAAGACCUUGAAGAAGGACAUCCGGCUCCUGUCGGGUACCGAUAUCGUGGAGGGCAAGGUACUCACGUUCCUCGUGCUCAUCAUCAAAUUCAGCGUGCAAAAUUACGCCAUGAACGGAGCGGGCUUCGACCUGCGCCACAUGGAGCAAUUCAUUUCCUUUUUCAUCACUGGCGUCACUAUUCUCGUGGUGGCUGUGCCUGAGGGGCUUCCACUAGCUGUCACUUUGGCCCUGGCCUACUCUGUUAUCCACAUGACCAAAGACAAUAACCUGGUGCGACACCUCAACGCUUGUGAGACUAUGGGUAAUGCUACUGCAAUCUGCUCGGAUAAGACAGGCACGUUGACAACAAAUCGAAUGGAAGUAGUGGCCAUCUACGUGGAAUCGAACUUCAUUGCUCCGAUCAAAGGGAAGGUUUCCAAUAAGAUUUCCAAGAGUGUUAGAAAGCUUCUCGUGGAUAGCAUCGCUUUGAACUCGUCUUACACAUCGAUGAUCGUGCCCAGCGAAAUACCCGGUGGGCCCCCGAGUUUCAUGGGAAAUAUGACUGAAUGUGCUCUUCUCGGCCUCGUCAAGGAACUCGGGUGA